AUGUCAGACCCAAGCGCUUGGUCCGGGAGGAUUGGCGUGCUAAAUGCCGAGCUGUCGCUCUUUUCCCUGUCGUUGAGCAGGGGCGACCGCGACCACGCUGCUGGAUACCGGGACUAUGCUAGUCUGAAGCUGCGUGCGCUGCCGCUUCGCGUGCUCAUCGGAUCCCGCUGGCCGUUGUUUGCCCUGCUCACGUCAAAGCGAUUGCGCUGGUACGCUCCUGCGGAAGGCAGCCCGGAUCUCACCAAUGACACAGUGAUAAACUGCGAGCAUCUUGCGGAGCCGGCCUUGAACUGGCAUGGUUACCUUGAUGCUUUCCGCCCGGAUGCUGUGAAAGACUGGUACAACGCUACCAUCCGCUAUGUCAUGUCAUGGCAGAUGACGCAAAUUCCGCAGGAGCUCUACAAGGAGUGCCCGUUGGGUUUCAUUACGACAAUGCUCAUCAAGGCCAUCACGUGUGCCACUACGGAAAGCAGCUGCUUCGACAGUUUUGCCGGCAAGGCCGAAAGUUUUCUGAAGUCUUCGCCGCACAUGUUAGAUUUACUGGCUCACAGCCGUUGGCCUCUGGCGACGCUGCUCAACUUUCUUGCCACGACUGCCAGACAUCAGUACUUCCUCGACUUCACAGAGGACGAGCUGUCCGGCAAUCUAUCACCACUGAUCUUGAGUCAGUCGACGACGUUCGUUGCGGCAAUGGGCAACUGGCUGGGAUCUUUACACAAGGCUGGGCAGCACUGCUUCCGCGACCUGGCAGCUGUGCUCCCAAAGCUGGGGCCUGCUUGGGAAGAGGCGCCCAACCUUGUGUACAUCACAAUGAUCUAUGGGGCAAAGUUCAACAGGUACAUGCGUCGCUUUUGUGCUCGCGCCCGAUCAGUGGGCCUUGUGGGUGAGCGCUUGCUCAUCUUUACGUUAGACCAGGAAGCUUUUGAGCUGUGCCUGGUGGAGAAUGGCCAAAGAUGCAUCCGAGGAACCCCUUCAAUCAUGAACAAGUUCACUUUGCCGUUGAUGUGUGCACACCUUGGGCUGGACACCGUGUGGAUCGACUUGGACGUUUUCCUUAUGGUCGACCCAACGCCAGCGCUUUUGGAACAUGCAGAGCGCGGACCAUACGACCUUUUGGUCUCAGGUUCAUUCGAGGCAGACUGCAUCUGCAACGGCAUUGUGUAUUUCCGCUCCACGCGUGUUGUCGUGGACUGGCUGCUAUCCGUCCUCGUUUGGAUGUACCAUCAUCCCUAUGAGCACGAUCAGAAGACCUUCAGUGCGUUCCUCAACUACACCGAGCGGGUCUCAAAGGACGACCUGGACUUGCCACAGAUUCCGUUAUGGGACACACUUGAUCCAAUCAAUCAGUUCGUGACCCCCGACACCUUCGAAGGGAAUGGAUGGACUGGUGAUUUGGAGAACAUCGUCAUCUACCACUUCCUAAACGGUGAGGCCUCCGGGGAGGAGAAGAACUUGUUGCUUGCAGAGCUGCAAAAAGCCGAAGACGUCAAGAAGUCUUUAAACAUUUCAAGCAGCGAUGGACAAGGUACAGUGGAAUCCUUUGCCUUGCGGGUGUUCGACGCUGCAGAUGCUUCUGACAGAUCUGCACGGGACAAGACCGGCCAAGCAGCAGCAGUUUCCAAGCUCUAUGCAGCAGCGCUUUUCCUGGAUGUGUGUGCUCAAUUUCAUGAUGGCGAGCUUCCUCCUGACCUGGCUGAAAAGGCUCGAUAUGCCAGAUUCAGAGUUGUUCAAAUUAGGGAGGGGUUGAAGCAGGGGAUCCCCUCGUAUCCUAAUGACCCUGGUGCAGCAUCAGGGUCGCUAGGGGAGGAAUCCGAGACCGCCGUGGCUGGGCCUUCAGCUGCCUAUGCAGCAAGCCCGGCGGCCCCGGCGGCCCCGUGCCCACCCGUCGCCCAGUGUCCCAGUCCCAUGCCGGCAGGCUUCGCACCACAGGGCACAGGUCCAGUGCGUGACAAGGCCCGAGAACAGUUGGAAUUGGCCUCCUCGGCUUUGGAUUUCAGGGACGUCGCAACGGCACGCAAAUAUUCCUUUGUAGAGCGGAGUGAGAAGCGUGACCAUGAAGCCAAGCGCAGGAUGCGGCAGUACGGGCAUUUCACCGACGCGGGCGGCGCUGCUCCAGGGAAAUGCGAAGGCGAAUCUUACAGAAGUGGCAAGGCCGCGCUCGAUCUUGUUAUGAUCUCUGGCUGCUAUGCUUGGCAUCACUUGUGGCGGCGUUUGCAGGGGCCGGGAGUUAGCAGAGCUGCUGAACAGCAUUCUGUUGUGUUGGAAGUGCCAUAUGCGUAUGUUCUAAUAUGUUCUAAGGAGGCAAUGCUUCGAGCCGGCAAUAAGCGGACACUUUUUGCCUCAUGA